AUGCGGCGAAUUUUUAGCAAAUCAACACCUGGCUGCUAUGCGCGUGGUGUAUUUCAAACUACGCCUUCGUUUCGUUGGUGCUGUUUUGAGUUGAUUCGCGAAAGUGGAAGGAUGCGAAAUCGGUUGUGUUGUCACCUGCCGCUGAAAGCUGCCCGCUGGCAUUCAAGUGAUGCGUUCACGAAUGAUGGGACUCCGCCGCCGCUGCCGCUCUCCAAUGGCGGGGAGAGCGAUUUUGUUGAUCUCCAACUGGAUGAUCUUACAAAUGCGCUGGGAUCAGCCAGUGCGCGGCGAGAAGUGGGGGAUUCUUCAGAACUCGGCGUCGUCAGGGAAAACGAUAUUCCAGAGGGUCAGGUAUUUUCCCGGCUUAACAUUCCAAUUUCCAGUCGCCAGGAGGAACAGCGGACGAACAGUCGCAGCGCCCUCCGCGUUUUGGCUAGUGACACUCUGGAGGAGACGAUUCAGCAACCCACAAGCACGGGAUCGAAACAGCCACUUCCAUACGAUGACGAGCGGUUUGCAGACAUGUUGUUGGAAAUGGAAGUUGAGGGAUCCCUCGACGAAACUUGGCAGGACGGGCGGAAGGCAUAUAUAGAAGAUGUAAAGGAGAUACUAGAAGUUUUGCGGUCACUUAAGGUCCGGGACAUCUGCGCUAUCGAUGUUAGUAAUAAAACGAGCAACUUUGACUAUAUGCUGUUUGGAACGUGUGAAGGACCACGGCACAUACAUUUAGCGGCAUGGGCGGUGCAAGAGGCGGACGCACUGAAGCGUGUCUGUAAGAUAAGGCGUAAACAGGUGGACCACACAUGGGAAGUGGUUCCCGUAGGGCGCAUAAUUGUGAAUCUCAUGCAGGAAUCGCUUCGAGAAGAAUUGUCCCUGGAGCGUAAGUGGGCCGUUACGAAAUGCAUGGAUCCCCUUAGUGUAGCCAAUGCACCAGUGAGCGAGGGGCGGAGCGUAAAGGCACACGGGUUGUGGACGUUAACGCUAAACCUACAGGACCUCGAGGAUUUUGAGGUGGACUAUUGCAAGGAUGUCCUGCUGACGCAAGUUUGA